AUGGCAAAAGUUGAAGAUCUUUCAAACUCGCAUCUUAUGCAUAGAUCAUUAAGAGAGGAACCGGACGUUGUAAAUAAUGCUAAGGGUUCCUAUAUAUUUCUUCAGAACGGCCAGAAAGUGUUUGACGGGUGCGGAGGAGCAGCAGUUAUUGCUGUUGGUCAUGGUAAUUCUGAAGUCAUAGAGGCAGUUUCAAAGCAGUUAUCCGUAGUGUCAUACGUGCACACCUUUGAAUAUACAACUCCUGUGGCUGAGGAGUUAGCUAACAUCUUGUUAAAGAAUUAUAGUGGAAAGAUUGCUAAAGUAUACUUCGUGAAUUCCGGUAGCGAAGCAAAUGAGGCUGCAGUUAAGGUUGCAGUACAAUAUUUUUACGAACAAGGGAAAACUUCUAAAACUCAAUUCAUUUCUCGGAAACAAUCAUACCAUGGUAACUGUUUAGCUGGUAUGUCUUUAUCGGGCCAUGUGUUGAGAAGAAAGCCAUUUGAGAACUUGGUUAGUGAUAAAUUUCACAAGGUGAGUGAAGCAAAUGAAUACAGAUGGAAGAAAAACGACGAGACAACCGGUGAAUAUGUAGAAAGACUUGCUAAUGAAUUGGAAGCGAAGAUUUUGGAAGUUGGACCUGACAAUAUUGCAGGGUUCUUUGCGGAGACAAUCGUGGGCGCAACCACUGGCUGCCUUACAGCUCCAAAAGGCUAUUUUAAAGCAAUUCAGAAAAUCUGUGAGAAGUAUGAUGUUCUUCUAAUUACUGAUGAGAUUAUGUGUGGUUCUGGAAGAACAGGAACUUUUUUUGCUUGGGAACAGGAGGACUUUGUACCUGAUAUAACUACAAGUGGUAAGGCACUUGGCGGAGGCUAUUCACCACUCUCAGCAGUGUUUAUGAACCAAAAGGUUGUAGAUGUGCUUCUGAAUGGUUCUGCUUCCUUUAACAAUGGACACACAUUCCAAUGCUACCCAUUAUCAUGUGCAGCUGGCAUUGCGGUACAAAAAAUUAUACAAAGAGAUAAUUUGCUUCAAAAUGUAAAGGUAAUGGGCGAGUAUCUUGGCCAGGCACUUGUGAAAGAAUUGAAGGAUAUUAAAAUCGUAGGAAAUAUUCGUGGUCGUGGGUUGUUCUGGGGCGUGGAGUUCGUGAAAGAUAAACUGACGAAGGAAGCUAUAGACCCUCGCAUCCGUAUUGGUCAGAAAAUCCAACAUAACGCUUUGGUGAACGGAUUAGCUAUCUACCCGGGAUUUGGAACCAUUGAUGGGCUAUCUGGAGACCACAUUUUAAUUGCACCUUCUUACGAUAUCACACAAGACCAAGUCAAUGUCAUGGUGCAACAAGUGGCUGCAAGUAUUAUUGAAAUGGAACAAAAAUAUGCUACUUGA